UCUUCUGCCUUAUAUUUUUUUAUAGCUGACAGGCGGGAAGGAAUUGGUGUCUGUGGCUGGAUCCUGGUUUCCCUUUCAUUCCUCCUGGUGCUUAUUACUUUUCCUGUUUCCAUCUGGGCAUGUAUGAAGGUUAUCAGAGAAUAUGAACGAGCUGUUGUAUUUCGUCUGGGACGUAUACUGUCUAAGAAAGCAAAGGGAGCAGGUAUGAUCCUCAUACUUCCAUGUACAGAUACAUUUAUCAAGGUCGAUCUUAGAACAGUUGCCUGUAAAAUUCCUCCACAAGAGAUUCUCACGAAAGAUGCUGUUACUGCCCAAGUUGAUGGGGUGGUGUACUACAGGAUCUACAGUGCUGUCAACGCCGUUGCUAACAUCAGUGAUGUCCACUCAGCGACCUUGCUUUUGGCACAGACAACCCUGAGAAACAUUCUGGGUACACAGAGCUUGGCUCAGCUGCUGGCAGGUCGUGAGGAGAUUGCAUGCAGUAUCCAGACUAUCCUCAACAGUGCCACGGAGCAGUGGGGAGUCAAAGUGGCCCGUGUGGAGAUCAAAGAUGUCAGGAUUCCUGUGGCCAUGCAGAGGGCAAUGGCAGCUGAAGCAGAGGCUGCUCACAAGACAAGAGCUAAGGUGAGACCCACAAACGUCUAUGCGCAAGCCAUUUCCUCUUGUCCUCAUGUUCCAGGAAUCCAAGUGCUUGUUUGUUUUCUCAUUAUAAAGGCGGGUUUUCCCCACUAAGAGCAGUGUCACCAUGGCAUUUCCAUUUCUCUUCCUUUGCAAGUUGUGGCAGCAGAAGGAGAAAUGAAUGCUUCUAGAACUCUCAAGCAGGCCUCCAUGGUGCUGUCCGAGCGUCCAGCAGGUCUUCAUCUGUGUUACCUGCAAAUGUUAACAACCUUGGCAGCAGAGAAUAAUUCCACCAUUGUCUUCUCUCUCCCUAUGAAUACACUUGGGAGUUUAGGGCAGAAAAGUAGAGGGGGAUAGAGACUGUUCUAUGGUAGCUCCUUAGCCAGAGAUAUUUAAAGGUUUCCUCAGGAAGCCAGGGGUUCCAGAUUGCAAA